AUGUCAGGCUCCAGCGCGGGCAGAAGUCAACCUCGCCUCAGGCAGACGCACAAAUCACCGCUCGCAGGCUCAAGUGGUGUUGAUUACGACCAAGAGGACGAGCAUGUCACUUCAAUUUACCAAAGAGCGGAGGAUCGAAGUCAUCUCGAACAACUCUUGUCGACGCAGAAAGCCAGUGUUGCCGUAGUUUCAAUAUUGACGCUUCUGGCAUUUGCUCUUCGCUUCUACAAAAUCAACCAUCCAGACCAAGUUGUCUUUGACGAAGUCCACUUUGGCAAAUUCACAUCAUAUUAUCUUCGACGAGAAUACUACUUCGAUGUUCAUCCACCUUUUGCCAAGAUGCUUUUCGCACUGGCAGGUUGGUUUGUUGGCUUUGACGGGAACUUCCUAUUCGAGAACAUUGGCGACAGCUACACAGCAAAUCACAUCCCAUACGUUGGUCUACGCGCGCUCCCGGCUAUCCUGGGCAGUUUGACAAUCCCCGUGGUUUAUGCAAUCAUGAAAGAGAGUGGUUAUUCGACCGUUAUUGCCGCAUUUUCAGCUAUCCUUAUUCUAUUUGAUAACGCUCAUGUGACACAAUCGCGUCUCAUACUUUUAGACGCGACGCUUAUAUUCUUCAUGUCCCUGACGAUCUACGCGUAUGUUCGGUUUAGAAAGCUACGAUACUUGGAAUUCACUACCGAGUGGUGGGGAUGGUUGAUCGCUACCGGUGUCUUCAUGGCUUGCACAUGGGCUUCUAAAGUCAACGGAAUCUUAACUGUUGCUGCCAUUGGCUGUGCUGUGCUGAUUGAUCUUUGGGACAUCCUCGACUACCGCAAGGGAUACACCAUGGAUCAUUUCGCAAAGCACUUCUUUGCCAGAGCCAUCGGUCUUAUUGUCGUCCCCCUCAUCGUCUAUCUGUCAUUCUUUUGGAUUCAUUUUGCCAUCCUCACUCACUCCGGCCCUGGAGAUACCUUCAUGAGCCCCGCCUUCCAGGAGACAUUACUCGGAAACGAAAUGUUGCUCAACAGCCAUGAAAUACAUUACUACGAUGCUUUGACCAUCCGUCACAAAGACACCAAGGUGUUCUUGCACUCCCACCCAGAUAGGUAUCCCUUGAAGUACGACGACGGCCGCAUCAGUUCGCAAGGUCAACAAGUGACUGGUUACGGUCAUAACGAUACCAACAACCACUGGCAGGUCAUCCCCACUAAGGCCCUUCCUGAGAAGGGACGCGGAAGAAUUGUGCGCCACAACGACGUUGUUCGCCUCCUCCAUGUCAACACCCAGACCCACCUCCUCACACACGAUGUUGCUUCUCCUCUCAUGCCAACAAACCAAGAAUUCACCACUUGGCCUAAGGAUGAUCACUCCCGGUAUAAUGAUACGCUCUUCUAUAUUCAGUUAUCAGACGGUCGGGAUGGUGAGGCUUGGAAGAGCAAGUCUGGCCACUUCAGAUUGGUUCAUGGAUCGACCAAGGUGUCAAUGUGGACCCACCCGAAGCAGCUCCCUGACUGGGCGUACAAGCAACAGGAAAUCAACGGUAACAAGAACCCUACUGAGAAGUCCGCUGUCUGGUUUGUAGAUGAGAUCGUAUCAUCUGAAGACGAAGAAGAGGAAUCGCAGCAAACGGAGGUUGUCCCACCCAAGCAGCCCAAGUCGAUGUUCUUCCUCAAAAAGUUCGCUGAAUUGCAACUCUUGAUGAUGCAACAUAAUGCUGGUCUCACUGCAUCGCAUCCUUAUGCGUCCGGACCCAUUAACUGGCCGUUCUUGAUCAGCGGUAUCAGCUUCUGGACGGAGAGCGAAUCCCAGAAGCAGAUCUACCUCAUCGGUAAUUUGAUCGGAUGGUGGGCGUGUGUCGUAGCACUUUCUAGUUAUGUUGGUAUCCUCGGUGCAGACUUGUUGGCCAGGCGUCGUGAUACAUAUCCUCUCACUGAUGCCGUACGCAAUCGCCUAUGGAACUCGGCCGGUUUCUUCCUCCUCAUUUGGGGUGUCCACUACGUUCCGUUCUUUGUGAUGAAUCGUCAACUGUUCAUCCAUCAUUACCUCCCCUCGCACUUAGCCUCCGCUCUAGUCGCCGGCGCGGUCUUGAACUUCGUUCUCUCGGAAACAAUCAACUACCCCGCAUCUAUUGCUGGCCCACAAACACGGAGACGGCCCUCGCAAUACGCGGAUUUGGGAGCUAAGGGACCUGUUGUGGUCGCUGUUUUCGCUCUUCUGAUGUUCGCUAUGUUUGUUUACAUCGCACCAUUGACGUACGGCACUCCUGGUCUUACUGGUGAUGAGGUGAAUAGCAAGAGGUUGCUUUCAUCCUGGACGCUGCAUUUCGCAGCCAAAAAGACAGCUGAAGUGGUUUAG